CUUACUACGAAAAUGCACACACGACGACACACACCAUAUACUACUCUGGUUAGCUAGGCGCCGCGCGCCGCGCGCUCGGAUCGUAAAUUUGCUACGAGAUAUUUUAUAUGCACAAUUAAUGUACUGCACUCGAAGUCGACGAAAUUUUUGUACGAGAUUAUUUUGAGAGGUGCGCAGAAAGUCGUCCAAAAAUGCUGAGAUAAAGCUCUGGAAUAACGUUUAUUUUUUGCAGAAGUGAGAAGGAUAUUGUGUCCCCAGUCUUGUUGAAUUCUGCUGUAUCAGAUUCAUCAUAAAGUUGGAAAUAUGUCCACCCACGGCGCCCAGACACAUCAAAGACCGACUCGGAGAAACGCCUCGCCAAGAGCAGGCCCGCAGCCGAUCAGGGCCACUUUACCAUUCACAUUGCGACAUGGACAAGGGAGUCCUACACGGCCUAGUGGACGGAGAUCAAGCCCAGGUCCGGCUUCAUCUCCUACACAACCUUGGUCCUCACCAAAUGGCAAUGAACAACACAAAACCAAACAUAGAACAUCACCUGAGAGGAGCCCAAGUUCUCCUGGUUUCAAAGUUGAGAAGCCUAAAGCAGUGCGGGCCAGUCCAGCACCGCAAAUCCGCAGGACAAGUUCCCUUGAUACAAUAGCAGGACCCUACCUCACUGGCCACUGGCCACGAUCAGAACCAUAUACCUCAUACAACGGACUCUACGGUCCUAACCAAAAACAUCAGUGGACUCAGGUAAGAUGUACAGCAUUUACAAGUAGAAUGAGCUCUGGGAAACUAAAAGUAGCUUUGACAAGAGAAACAAUAUGAUUCUUGAAAAUAACUGUAAGGAAAUCAUACUUUUGCAAUUUUUUUAUACAGAGUGAUCAAGGAAUAGCCGACACUAAUUUGUUAUUUCUACUCUGGUUUGUUUCGAUUCUCUGUAAAGACAAAUUUGCUGUUUCCAAGUAGGAAAACAUAAAAAGGCAAAAAAGGAAUUUGAAAGGAUUGGAAACCUAAUUGGUCCGAAAACUAUAUUAUAUUUUCCCAAACCUAAGCUGUUAAUAGCCUUUCAAGGUCAUUCACAUGUAACAGGCAUUUAAUUACAUGUGUGGAAACUUCAAAUGUCAGAAUGUGUAUAACCCUGUAAGCUGGGCUUUGAUAGGAUUGGAAGAUCGGAGCGAUACCCUUGGAUAAUUCUCUCAUUUCAAGUUGAUGUAGUUCAUGCGAGCCGCCAUCUUGGAUUAUAAUAACAAUGGAAACAAAAUGCCUACGUUAUAAUCCAAAAUGGCAGCUCGCAUAUUUUACCUCGUCUCUUAGACUAAUAUUAUUAAUUUCAAAGUCAUGAAAAUACACUUACAUAUAAUAUCAACAAACAUGGUCUACAACAACUCCAAAGGACAAAAUAAUCCCAGCUAUUCCUUUUUUAAAGUAUAUAUGAUAGCCCCAAACUUGAAAAUUGUCAGCAUUUUUUUUCCUUUUUUUUCCUACUGAUUAUUUUCCGAUCAUUUUCAUUGAUCAGCGAUCAGAAUUUAUUAUCCAAUUUCACCAGAUCAGCCCCCGAUCCGAGUAUUGGUUACAGGCUAAAUAAGCUAGUUGAUUAAUGUGAUUCAUGAUUCAGAAAAGUAAAUUAAACCUACAUGUUUGGCGAAUACAUGUUCAGUUGUGUUAGUCCAUCCAUUUUGUAUUUAUAAAAAAAAAAA